AUGGAGGAUCUUCCUCAGGCUCACCGCCGCUCAGAUGAGGACAUCGAGUGCGAGCGUGCUUUCGCAGACCACCGACGCGCCGCGGACGGACGGUACAUCGUGCGCCUCCCGCUGAAGGGCAGCGGUUCGCUUCUUCUUGGCGACAGUCUUCAGAGCGCCAAGGCCUCCUUGGCAGCCCUGCAACGCCGGCUUCGGCGAAGCCCCGAUAUGGCUGUGGAGUAUAGUCGAUUCAUGGCUGACUAUCUCGCGAUGGGCCACAUGCGCCCGCUCACCAGCGCUGAGCUUGCAGCUACAGCUGGGCCCGUCAACUACAUCCAUCAUCAUGGCAUCUGGCAGCAUGCUGAUCGCGGGCGCAAGCUCCGAGUAGUCUUCAACGCGUCCAACCCGACUUCCAGUGGCCACAGCUUGAAUGACGUCCUCCACGCUGGACCCAGACUCCAAGCCGCGCUCCCAUCGGUGCUCAUGCGCUGGCGGCGGCACCGCAUCGCCUUCUGCAGCGACAUCCGCAUGAUGUUCCGGCAGAUUUGGAUCGACUACCGUGACGUCGACCUGCAGCGGAUCGUCUGGGCUGCCGAUCCCAGCCAGCCUCCAACCCACUACCAGCUGCUCACUGUGACUUACGGCGAAUCGUGCUCGCCUUACCUGUCGCUGCGUACCCUCCAACAGCUAUGCCAGGACGAAGGCCACAACUGGCCCGAAGCUGUGUCAGCCGCCCUGUGUGACCGCUACGCCGACGACUUUCUCUCCGGGGCCGACGACGUCACCGCGGCUCGGCGCCUCCGCGACCAGCUGAGCGGGCUCAUGAAGGCCGGCGGCUUUCCCCUGCGGAAGUGGGUGGCCAAUGUCCGCGAGCUGCUCGACGAUCUGCCUGACGACGUCCGCUUACGUCCGACCUGGGAGCAGCUCAGCGCUGAAGGCCUCGUCAGCGAGCUCGGGGUCAAGUGGGAUCCACCGUCGGACUGCUUUCAGUUGACGCCUCCACCACUCCAGCCGCAGAGCACAAAGCGGACGAUGCUCGCGGCGCUCGCGGGUCUGUUCGACCCAUGCGGCUGGCUCGCGCCGAUCGUGUUGAAUGCCAAGCUCUUGCUCCAGGAUCUCUGGCGCGCCAGACUGGGCUGGGACGAGCCUGCGCCGAUCUCAAUGACUCGCCGAUGGGCGGAAUUUACCGCCGAGCUCCAGGCCAUCUCCACCUUCACCUUACCGCGCUGGAUCGGAGUUGGGCCUUCUUCCGAGCUUCACCUGCACGGCUUUUCGGACGCCAGUCGCCGCGCGAUGGCAGCCGUCAUCUACUCUCGCCUCGCGCCCGGGGCUGGGCCGGCGCUCUGCCACAUUCUUCUGGCUCGGACGAAGCUCUCGCCGAUUCGCUCGCUCAAGCCGGCGCCAGAGACAUCCGCGCGCAUGACGAUUCCGCGCCUCGAGCUCCGCGCCGCACUGAUUGCCGCCAAGCUCCUGCGGACCGCUGCCGACGAGCUACGCGUACCUGUCGACCGCUGUCACGCAUGGUGCGACUCACAGAUCGUUCUGCACUGGCUGCGUUCCGACAGGCCAACCAACAACGUGCUGAUCGACAACUAUGUCGCCCAAAUCCAGGAAAUGCUGCCUUCGAGUGUCUGGCGAUACGUGCCGACCCAGUCAAAUCCAGCCGACCUCGCGACCAGAGGUGCCGACAUGACCGGCCUUCGCUCGCAGCGCACUUGGUGGGAGGGCCCCACUUGGCUCGCCGAGGACGUCGACUCGUGGCCCCUAGACCCGCUCCCCGCACCGAACCAGCAUUCAUCCAUCUGCUGCGUAGUGCAGCAGCUCGACGCCAGCUACCUCGAGCAAUUCUCCAACUUACGCAUGCUACUAAGCUUCCUCGUACGCAUUCGUCGAUUCGUCCGGAGCCGCUUGGGCAGGGGCCCCGUGCUUUCGGUCGCUUCACCUCUUACGCCGACCGAACUCCACGACGCUUUUCUCGCAUGUGUACGCCUCAGCCAGGAGAGAUCAUUUUCGGACGACCUCCAGUGUCUUCGACGGGGCGAACGUCUGCGGAAGACGAACCCCUUGGUACCGUUAGCAGCCUUCCUCGAUGACGACGGGAUUCUGCGCGUCGGCGGGCGGCUAGAGCAUUCACCGCUGACCUACGAGGAGCGGCACCCGCCAAUUCUCAGCGGCGCCUCUUCCCUCGCUUCCAUGGUCAUCGCCUGGGCGCACUCUCGGGCGCUGCACGGUGGAUACCGUGUCACCAGUGCCUACGUCUGUAAGCGCGCUUGGCUCCUCGGUGGGCCCCGGCGGAUCAAGGCUCACCUCCGCAGGUGCGUCGUCUGCAUCCGGCUGCGAGCGCGACCGGCGACUCAACUCAUGGCCCCACUGCCGUCGUCUCGAGUCUCCCCUUCUCGUGCCUUUGCCUGCACCGGAGUAGACUACGCCGGCCCUUUCCAUGUACUCUCCGCCAGAGGACGAGGAGUCCGGACCACGAAAGGCUACAUCGCCGUUUUUGUGUGCCUCGCCACCAAGGCCCUGCACCUGGAGCUGGUCGGCGAUCUCUCGGCUGCGUCCUUCUUGGGCGCCCUCCACCGAUUCGCUGGACGCCGCGGUCGGCCCGGUGAGAUAUGGAGCGACAACGCGACUUGCUUCCGCCGCGCUGAUGUUGAGCUGCGCGAUGCCUUGCUGACAGCCGAGCUGGACUGGGGAUUGGUCGCGGGCUCUCUCGCCGAUCAAGGAAUUGCUUGGAAGUUCAUUCCACCGGGUGCUCCUCACUUCGGUGGCUUGUGGGAGGCCGCCGUCAAGUCAACCAAAAGUCACCUCCAGCGCGUCAUGGGGUCACGCCAUCUCACCUACGAGGAAUUUUCCACGGUGCUCGUUGGCAUCGAGAUGGUCUUAAAUAGCCGACCACUGACACCGCUAUCUGGAGACACUGGAGACCUCGAUAUUCUCACCCCAGGGCACUUCCUUGUCGGUGGCCCUCUCAACUCCAUCGUUCUGCCCGGCCCCCCUGCGGAGAGCUUGGAUGCGCUCGCCCACUGGGAGCUCGUUCGGGGGGUCCGCGCCCAGUUUUGGUCCCGCUGGAGCCGAGAAUACCUCAACACACUCCAACAGCGGUCAAAAUGGACUACUCCUCGCCGGAACUUCAUCGUCGGCGAUGUGGUCGUCCUCCUCGACGCUACACUUCUGCAGUCCAGCGGCCGAUGGCCGAUCGGCCGUGUCAUCAGCGUCCACCCGGGAGCCGACGGCUUUGUCCGCGCUGCUACCCUCAAGACGGCGACUGGCGUGUACAAGCGAUCCAUCACCAAGAUGGUCUUGCUGCCUGUGUCAGCGCCUCCCGCGGCUCCGCCGCCUCCAGAAGACUCCCUGACCGACCCCGGUUUGGCGGGCGGCACGUAG